AUGACUCCAGGCUACCAGAGUAAUUUUUUCCUUGUUUCACUGUCAUAGCUGAAACCACAGUCAGAAAGAAAACUUACAAAACAGAUUUGCAGAGUUGUGUUGGAUCAUUUUGAGAAGCAAUAUGUCAAAGAGCUUGGAGAUUCAUGGAUUACAAUAAGGGACAUCUUGACAUCGCCAUCAUAUUGGCAACAUGCAAUCCUUUUUAAUAGAUUCAACUAUCCUUUUGAGCUAGAAAAGGAUUUACAGCUGAAGAGAUAUAGUACUCUUCUUCAAGGAUAUUUUCCCUACUAUCCUGAAUCACUGACAUGCUAUGUUAGUAGAAUUCCUGGCCGAAUACCCUCAGAGAGACAUCAAGUUGGUAAAUUGAAAAGAUACUAUCUUCUAAAUGCUGCCUCCCUUCUCCCAGUGCUGGCUCUGGAAUUACAAAAUGGAGAAAGAGUUUUGGAUAUGUGUGCUGCUCCUGGGGGUAAAUCAGUAGCUCUUUUACAGUGUGCAUAUCCAGGUCAUUUUCACUGCAAUGAGUAUAAUAAUCUUAGAUCCACGUGGUUGAAGCAGACACUAGAAUCCUUCAUUCCACAACCCAUGAUAAAUAUAAUAAAAGUGUCUGAAUUGGAUGGCAGACAGAUAGGAGAUAUUCAACCUGAAAUGUUUGACAAGGUGUUAGUUGAUGCCCCAUGUUCAAAUGAUCGAAGUUGGUUAUUCUCUUCUGACACCCAGAAGGCAUCCUAUAGGCUAAACCAAAGGAAGGAAUUGCCUCUUGUACAGAUAGAACUGUUAAGGUCAGCAAUCAAGGCAUUGCGUCCUGGAGGAUCACUGGUUUAUUCUACGUGCACACUUUCCAAGGCAGAAAACAAUGAUGUAAUCAAUCAAGUCCUAAAUUCUCAUAGUAACGUAUUCCCAGUAGACAUGAAGGAAAUGGCUAGUGCAGCAUCUCAUGAUUUUACGUUUGCUCCUGGUGGACAGGAAUAUGGGUUGUUGGUGCUUCCAGACAAAGGUAAAGCUUGGGGCCCAAUGUUUGUAGCAAAAUUAAAGAAAUCAGUAUCCUGA